AUGGAGCCCGAAGGGCUCGUACAGCAACAGCAUAGAGGCGAGAGAAUCACAGUGUCUCCGUCUAAAUCUGCAGCCCACCAAGCUCUCGCACAAGCCGGCGCGCAUGUCAGACCUCUCCAGCAGGUCCACGCGCACAUUGUCAUCUCCGGGUCGCAUCGCAGCCGAGCCCUCCUCACCAAGCUCCUCACUUUGGCCUGUGCCGCCGGCUCCAUUAUCUACACUCGCCAGCUCUUCCUCUGCGUCCCUAACCCAGAUUCCUUCCUCUUCAAUUCCCUCAUCAAAGGCUCCUCCAAGUAUGGUUUUUCCCUCGACGCCAUCCUCUUCUAUCGCCGCAUGGUUCUCGCUGGCAUCUCGAAGUCGAAUUACACCUUUACCUCUGUGAUUAAGGCGUGUGCGGAUUCCACGGCCCUGAGAUGCGGCAGAGCGAUUCAUACCCACGUUUUGGCUUCUGGGUAUGGUUUGGAUUCAUUUGUCCAGGCUGCUCUCGUCACGUUUUAUGCAAAAUCUGAUGAUUUGGUUAGUGCCCGGAAAGUGUUUGAUAGGAUGCCGAAGAGAACUGUCGUAGCUUGGAAUUCGAUGAUUUCUGGCUAUGAGCAAAAUGGGUUUGCACGGGAAGCUGUUGGUUUGUUCAAGGGUAUGCAGAAACUGGGUGCUGAACCUGAUUCUGCGACAUUUGUUAGCGUAUUGUCUGCAUGUUCUCAGUUGGGAGCCCUUGAGUUGGGUUGUUGGAUUCACGAGCACAUUGUGAGUCAAAGUUUUGAUGUAAACGUAGUUCUUGGGACUUCGUUGAUCAAUAUGUACUCAAGAUGUGGAAACGUAAAAAAAGCGCGAGAGGUGUUCGAUUCCAUGAAAGAUCGAAAUGUCAUUGCUUGGACGGCAAUGAUUUCCGGAUAUGGGAUGCAUGGCCAUGGCGUUCAAGCCGUCGAGCUUUUCCAUCAAAUGAGAGCUCAAGGAGCACCUCCAAAUGAUGUCACAUUCGUCGUUGUCCUUUCAGCGUGUGCUCAUGCAGGGCUUGUCCAUGAGGGACGUUGGGCAAUCACAAGCAUGAAGCGAGAUUACGGAUUAAUGCCAACGGAGGAGCACCAUGUUUGCCUUGUUGAUAUGUUUGGGCGUGCUGGAUUGCUCAACGAAGCAUUUCGAUACAUCAGAGAACAGAUCCCUGGGGAGCCUGCACCUGCAGUAUGGACUGCGAUGCUGGGAGCAUGCAAAAUGCACAAGAAUUUUGAUCUUGGAGUGCAAGUUGCUGAGCGCCUCUUAUCUGUAGAACCUGAGAAUCCAGGCCAUUAUGUUCUGCUUUCGAAUAUAUACGCCUUGGCGGGUCGGAUGGAUAGAGUGGAAAUGGUAAGAAAUAUGAUGAUCCAAAGAGGUUUGAGGAAGCAAGUUGGUUAUAGUACAAUAGAGGCUGGAAAGAAGACUUAUCUAUUUAGCAUGGGUGACAAGUCUCACCCUGAAACAAGGGAAAUCUAUAGUUACUUGGAUGAGUUGAUGCAGAGGAGCAGGGAAGCAGGGUAUGUUCCGGCGCCAGAGUGGGUGAUGCAUGAAUUGGAAGAAGAGGAGAGGGAGUAUGCCCUAAGAUACCACAGUGAGAAGCUUGCGGUAGCAUUUGGACUGCUGAGAACUAGUACUGGGACGAUUAUUAGGAUAGUGAAGAACCUUAGGAUCUGUGAGGACUGCCAUUUGGCGAUUAAGUUCAUCUCCGUGGUUGCAGAUAGAGAGAUUAUUGUUCGAGAUAAGCAUCGUUUCCAUCAUUUUAAAGAUGGUUCUUGUUCUUGUAUGGAUUACUGGUGACUUGACUAACAAAGGAAUCCUAUAGAUCGGGUCUAGCAGGCUAGAGGAGCGGGGCUAGUGGUGUGAAUUUUAUGUAGGUAGUGUGUAAAUAGAUAUUUUAUUUUUUUUUUAGUUUUGUGGGAUGUAAUUAUGUGAAAAUAGAUAUAUUUGUGUAUAAAGAUAAUUAGAACUCUGGUAAUAUAAUUUGAGGAUUUUAUAUUUUA